UAAACCGCGAUGUUUUCGGACAAUGGAAAAGACCGUUGGAGUAAGGUGGGUGACGAUGGUGGAUUAUUUUGAUUACCGGAAAACACCUCGACCCGACGCGGAAAUAAGCCGUGGAAAUUAAUCGCCACUGGAGCACCUGGUCAGCCUACACAAUCACCGUACACAUUCAUCAGUAAAAUUGGAGUAACGAGUCAAUUGUAACGACGAAUUGAUUGUCACUUGACCCGCGAUCAAGUGCGCGCAUACCCACAUCUAUACGUAGUAUUACCUACAUACGUAUAUAAUCGUACAUUCCUCUGACUGAUAGAAUCACAAAUAGGGUGAAAAAUCCAGUGUCGUUGCCCGUACUAACCCAUUUCAACACUCGUAAUACCUUCGAUACCCACGAAUUUUCACAAUGGAGGCUCUCAUACCAGUGAUCAACAAACUCCAGGAUGUUUUUAAUACAAUUGGAGCUGAUGUUAUUCAAUUGCCGCAAAUUGUCGUUCUCGGCACACAGAGCUCCGGCAAAUCAUCGGUAAUCGAGAGCCUCGUGGGUCGUUCUUUCUUGCCCCGGGGUACAGGUAUCGUCACCAGACGUCCAUUAGUGCUCCAACUCGUCUACACACCUAAAGACGAUCGCGAGCAUCGCACAGCUGAGGAUGGAACCCUGGAUGUUGACGAAUGGGGGGUCUUUCUUCACGCUAAAAAUCGUAUAUUCAAAAAUUUCGAUGAUAUUCGUAGGGAAAUUGAAGCUGAGACUGAUCGUAUGGCUGGUGGUAACAAGGGCAUCUGCCCUGAGCCCAUUAAUCUGAAAAUUUACUCGUCAACAGUUGUUAAUUUAACCCUAAUCGAUCUCCCUGGGAUAACAAAAGUACCAGUGGGUGAUCAGCCUGAGGAUAUAGAGGCACAAAUUCGUACUUUGGUUUUGAAAUAUAUUUGCAAUCCAAACUCGAUUAUUCUAGCUGUUGUCACUGCCAAUACAGAUAUGGCGACGAGUGAGAGUUUGAAGUUGAGUAAGGAUGUUGAUCCUGAUGGCAGAAGAACACUGGCUGUCGUCACGAAGAUGGAUCUGAUGGAUGCUGGCACAGAUGCCAUUGACAUUCUCUGUGGAAGGGUUAUUCCAGUGAAACUGGGGAUUAUUGGCGUUGUUAAUCGCUCUCAACAGGACAUAAUGAAUAACAAAACUAUUCAGGAGGCUCUGAAGGACGAGGCAGCAUUUCUACAACGGAAAUAUCCGACUCUAGCCAGCAGAAAUGGCACUCCAUACCUCGCGAAGACCCUCAAUCGUUUGUUAAUGCAUCACAUAAGGGAUUGCCUCCCUGAGCUCAAGACCAGGGUCAACGUCAUGGUCUCACAGUACCAGAUUCUCCUGAAUUCUUACGGUGAAGAUGUCUCGGACAAGAGUCAGACUCUCCUCCAGAUAAUAACGAAAUUCGCGAGUUCUUAUUGCUCGACUAUCGAGGGAACUGCGAGGAAUAUCGAGACUACUGAGCUCUGCGGAGGUGCCAGGAUCUGCUACAUAUUUCAUGAGACAUUUGGACGAGCAUUGGACUCGAUCCAUCCCCUCGCAGGACUGACUAAAAUGGAUAUUCUUACUGCGAUUAGAAAUGCCACAGGACCAAGACCUGCUUUAUUUGUCCCUGAAGUGUCGUUCGAGCUUCUGGUUAAGAGACAGAUUCGAAGGCUGGAGGAGCCCUCGUUGAGGUGUGUUGAGCUAGUCCACGAGGAGAUGCAGGGGAUUAUUCAGCAUUGCGGCACAGAGGUGCACCAGGAGAUGCUGAGAUUUCCAAAAUUGUAUGAGAGAAUUGUCGAUGUUGUCACGCAUCUCCUUCGCAGACGACUGCCAACUACCAAUUCAAUGGUGGAGAAUCUCGUGGCUAUUGAGCUUGCAUACAUCAACACCAAGCAUCCAGAUUUUCACAAAGAUGCGGCGUUGGUCUCUUCGUUACUUAAAAAUACUAAUGUCGAUAAUGCUAAUCGUGGAAAGGGCCAUGUGUCGAGUCACAUGUCUGUCGGCUCGGCUAAUGGAGUUGUUGUGGCUAAUCAUGAGUCUCAUGGGAAGAAUGUCAAUGCCAAAGACGAUUUCACAGUAUUCAAUGAUCAGGGUAAGGAGCAGAAUCAGAAUCACUGGUUGUUGAGCAAUUUGUUGCCGCAGGGGAAGUCUGACUCGGCGAGCACAGCUGAGAGCUCACCUGUGAGGAAUCGAGAGGGGGCGACUUCUCCUUAUCCCAAUAAUUUUGGGAGUAAUGCUGUUGGUCUUGAGCAGUUGACCACACCGACACAGCAGAAACCGGUUAAUUUGUUGUCCGAAGUGCCCAUGCAGACUAGCAGGAAACUCAGUGAUCGAGAACAGCGGGAUUGUGAUGUCAUUGAGAGGCUCAUCAAAUCGUACUUCUAUAUCGUUCGCAAAUCAAUACAAGACAGUGUACCAAAAGCUGUGAUGCAUUUCCUCGUGAAUUACGUGAAAGAUAAUUUGCAGAGUGAACUUGUUACGCACUUGUACAAAUCUGAUCAAGCAGAAGCACUGUUAAAUGAAAGUGAGCACAUUGCAGUGAGGCGCAAGGAGGCUGCGGAUAUGCUCAAGGCACUCACACAGGCUGGUCACAUUAUAAGUGAAAUAAGGGAGACACACAUGUGGUAAUAGAGAGAUGUCAGUGUCGACGUGUGCUGCCACUUUGCUGCUAGUCAUGGGCUAGGUAUUAUCAUGAAACACACAAAAUAAUGACACUUUCUGCAAACUUUAAGUAAGACUUGAGAUUAAUAAUAAAUCAAUUGAAAAGCAAAAUGCAAAUGCAAAUUUAUCUGUUUGCACUUAUGUUGUUGAAUUUGGCAGGUAUUUUGUUUUUAGUGAUCAUGGAUAAGAUCAAGAACAAGAACAAGUAUAUAUUUUCAAGUGUAUUUGCUUCUUUUCUUCUGUUUUUACAUUUUGUUUUAUGAUGAAAGAAAAUUCAAAUGAUGAAGAAUAAAAAAAAGUGAACACUACA